AGCAAAACCCUUGACAGAGACGCUGGAGAAUGGACAGCCGACAGCUAUCUGAAUGGUCUAGGUGCUUGUGGGAUGAAUAGACGUCAGAACACAUACAUUAUGGAAAAAGGCUUCAAAGACUACAUGAAGGAAUCGGCUUGCAGCUCCAGCACCUGUUCCCUCAACAGCAGCGAAAACCCCUACGCCACCAUCAAAGACCCCCCCAUCUUGACAUGCAAACACUCCGAGGGCAGCUACGUGGAAAUGAAAUCCCCCGCCCAUCGGGACUCAACCUAUUUGGACACCCCGGCCUCGUCGACUGCCAACAAAAAUAUUUAUGAAGUUGAGCCCACGAUCAGCAUGGUCUACGAAGCCCGCGUCCGCACCACCGGGUACGUCCACAGCCCCUACGACCUGCCCCGGAACAGCUUGCUACAUCCCUUCCUCCAUUACGACGUCCUUCCCGGCUCACAGAAGCGACAGCCCGACUCACGGGACGAAGGCAGAAUGGUCAAGGUCAAAACGGUUCCCCGUCUACCUUCUUGGAGCCCGGAUGUAGCGGUGGUUCUGAGCGACAGCCUCUACUACAGGCGCCAUGAAGACUGGGGAAUUUAUUGUCGUGGGGAGCUUCCAGCGCGAAACAGCGCUGGCUUUACAGCGGGCUCAUGA